AUGGAUCUUGAUGGGAUUGACGAUGCCUUGGGCUUGUCAAAUGACAAGUCCCAAACCCUGGGCGCAUACAUCUAUCAACCGCCCAAACAUGGAAAACUGGCAGGCGAACGACCUUCAAAGCGCCGCAAAGUCUCAUCAAUUACCGCUAGCGAUGAGAAAUUGGAUCGAAAGUGCUUCGUGCCCCUUUUAAACGGAGAAGAGAAUGCUGAGUCGGUUCAAUUGCGAUAUGAUUCCUACCAGCAGCUAUGGCCCAAGCAAGAACACAAGAUUCAAGCAAUCCUUGAAGAUGUCGAUGCUGGAGUUUUGACGGAUGUAUCAUCCUUUGUCAGGAAUACCUCACCUCAGACAUGCGAUGGAUGUAUACCUACGGCGUUAGUAACAGUCGGUUCAAAUGUUUCCUCGCUUGGAAGAUUACUGUCACGGCUCAAUGAUCAAUUGCUAUCUACCGGAGAGGGCAGCGUGGUGGUCUUGGAAUCAGGCGAUGCCCCCAAUCUAAAAACAACCUUGAAGAACAUUAUUCGCACCACUGUUACGAACACCGAUGGCAACGAUGGAUACCAAAGAUUUCUUACAGAUCGUGCUGGGCCUCGACUUCUCGGUUACGACCUGGACCUCCUUCAUGACUAUGUGCAGAGAAAAGGGACUAAGAAGUUGGUUCUAGCUCUCCGAGAUAGUGAAGCUUUUGACCCUGGUCUCUUGACAGACCUAUUGUCUCUAUUCAAAUCAUGGCUUGACCGUAUACCAUUUACUGUUCUACUGGGGAUUUCCACAUCUAUCGAGUUAUUUGAAGGCCGGCUGCCUCGUUCGUGUGUUGCUCUUCUCCAAGGCAAGCAUUUCGAGGUUCAAGAAGCUGGCAAUUGUGUCGAUCGCAUCUAUGAGUCUCUCCAGACUGACCCGGAUACGCAGCUUUGGUUGGGUCGCAACGUGACCAACACUUUAUUUGAGAACACAAGUGACUAUUUCCAAAGUCCAGAGGCGUUCAGUCGCAUGUUCAAGUAUGCAUACAUGUCUCAUUUCUUUGCAAAUCCUUUGGCUGUAUUGCUGGCCAAUCCAAAUUCAGCGAUUCUCACUCAGAACAAGCUCUGUGAGGCCAUCAGAAACCUGCCAUCAUUCCGAAUGUUCUGCGAGGAUUUAGUCGAAGAAGGUUCCACCAAACAAGUUCGAGACAUGUUGGAAAAUGACAAAUAUCUCCUACAAGAAACGCCGAAGUACCUCGAUGCGAGCCAGGAAAGAAUGCGAAAAUUUUUCCAGGCCGUCCGUAUCAUACACACUUUUCUUCAACACAUACAGAGUGGGAAGAAGACUAGUAUCCCUGACCUCUCUGUCCGCGCCCUCUCGGGCGAACUGUCCGAGUCCACUAUCGUGGAAGAAAUGUUUGCCACGGCGAAGACGCUAGAUUCUGAUAAGCUAGAUGACAUCCUCAACCAUCUUCGGGCUAUCGCAAUUAGUUCGGAAGUUGGUGUGAUCCAAGAGGAUCUCGGGAAAUUGUUGGAAACCUGCUCGAACUCUGGUCCACUACGCAGUGGAUACAAUAUCAACAGCACUGUCACAAAAACAACAGUCGUUCAGCAACGUAUCCGGCUAAGCAAAGGCAAAGUUGAUCUCUCAGAACAAGAUGCAGAAUACACCAACAUUGUCGACCGGCUGGUUGCCCUCUUGCAAGUGCAUCUGACAGAAGCCCUUAUAGACCCGCACGACCUGUUCUUACAUGAAGUCUUUUUGUUUGAUCUGAGGAACCCACUAAAGGAAACAUUUGCUCCUCGACCACGCUUCGCUAUUGAACGCGCUUUGGCUACUCCCUUCGAUUACCUGCUUUCCUCGUCGGAUGUCGCUAUGACAAAGGUCUCAGCCAAGCAGCCUGCUACCGCGAUUCUAUAUCAGUUGUACCUUGAUUCAGGCGCUCUAGUGAAUGUCCACGAUCUUUGGCAGGCAUUCUAUGGUAUAUUUGAGACUGAAGAGGCGGGUGGCUGCGAUGACCGAAUCGUGAUGUCUUUAUUCUAUAGCGCUCUUGCGGAGUUGAAGGCGUUUGGUGUGAUCAAGAACAGUCGAAAAAAGACCGACCACUUGGCCAAGUCAGCGUGGAUGGGACUUUAG